UUGGUAUACUAUAACCAGCAGCUUUUAUCGUCGUUUCGUUUCGAGUCCUCGAGUCUUCAAACCACUGGUGGACGCACGCUCGGCGACAUAUUACUUUACUUGGUGUAAACUUCCCGCGAACGAAUCGGCAACACACGUUGUCCAAUCGACGAUUCAGUAAUACGCGCACGGCAACAAUUAUUAGACGGCAUAAUAUCGUAGUAUCAUAACGAACGAGGGUCGUCGUUUGUUAUUUUUUUUUUGUUGACUGUGGUGCAGUGAUUUCCGAAGAACGAACCACUAAUAAAAAAAUGGCAACGCACAGAGCUACCAAAAGUGGAUUUGCCGCAGAGGCCCAAAGAAAGAUUAACGCGAAAUACAGCGAAGAAUUAGCUCAAGAAGUAUUAGAAUGGGUCAAAAUAUUAACGGGUGAUAAUAUAAACGUGGCCGGUGAUAUGGACAACUUUUACGAAGUCCUGAAGGAUGGUACACUUCUGUGCAGAUUAGUUAACGAAAUUCAACCCGGUAUCGUUAAAAAAAUCAAUACAAGUUCGAUGGCGUUCAAAUGCAUGGAAAAUAUAAACGCUUUCCUGGAAGCCGCAAGGCAGCUGGGAGUCCCCGCUCAGGAAACGUUCCAGACAGUUGACCUGUGGGAACGGCAAAAUCUUAAUUCUGUAGUCAUUUGUCUUCAGUCUUUGGGAAGAAAGGCCGGAAAUUACGGUAAACCCAGUAUCGGUCCUAAGGAAGCGGAAAAGAACGAAAGACACUUUUCCGAAGAAAAACUUAAGGCCGGAAGCACGAUUAUCGGGCUACAGAUGGGCAGUAACAAAGGUGCCAAUCAAUCGGGAAUCAAUUUUGGGAAUACCCGUCAUAUGUAAAAACGUUUUUUUUUUUUGUUUUUCAUUUUCACCAUCCUAGUAAUGUAAUAAUAAUUUUCCUCUUCCUUGUAUUGAAUUUAAAAAGAAAAACAAAUGUCAACAUUUUCUCCCCUCUCUAAUGUUGAAUAAACGAGGAGUGGAUUUAUUUAGUUUUGGAUGUAAUAGUAAACGAAAAAAGUGCCAAUUAAAA